UCGGAGCGGGGAUGGGAACGAAGGGGGCGAUCGGGAGCUCCGUGGGCGUGUCCGUGGGCGUGUCCGGGGCGUGUCCGGGGCGUGUCCGGGGCGUGUCCGGGGCGUGUCCGGGGCGUGUCCCCGCCCCGCGCUCCCGCCCCCCCGCGCGGAGGACGCGGCCGUUCCCGCUCGGUGCCGCCGAACGAGCCGCGGCGAUGUCCGGCCCGGCCCAGGAGCCCGACAGCGGGGCUGAGUCCCUCUCCUCGGAUGAAAAAGAGGUGACACCCAACGGGAUGGAGGGGUCGGGGUCGGCCGAGGAGCAGCCCGAGGGAGAAGCCAGUUCUGAAGACAGCUCCAGCAGCAGCUCAGAGGAGGAGUCGGAUGAAGAACAGGAGGAGAAGGAAUCCCCACCUUACAGCAAUGAGUCAGGAGAGAACUUCUUGCCACCCUGUGAGCACUGCAGGAAUGAAAAUGACCAGAAGGAGCAAGUGACCCCCAGGAGACUCGCUGGAGGACAAUUUAUGGUGCAGCUGGAUGCAGAGGGCUCCUACCAGUGCAGCAUCACAGGGCUGAUUUUCGAGGUGACAGGUGCAGCCAGGAUCACCUAUUCCCUGUUAUCCUGGAGCAAAUAUGCCCAGCUGGUGGAGAAGCCCUGGAUUGUGGGGGGGCCCCUGUUCGACGUGCGCUGCUCGGUGCCGGCUGUGCUCAGCUCCCUGCAGUUCCCCCACUGCCUCUGCCUGCAGGAUGGUGCUGGCGUGGCCUUCAGGCUGCUGCACGUCAAGGCCGGCGGCGCCGCCAUCGAGCCCUCGGCCGCGUUCUCGGCCUCCCACGUGCGGUGGGUGGUGACCUCCCUGUCCCCCGUGGGGCCCCUGAUCCAGAGCCAGCAGCCCCUGCAGUACCACGGGGCUGUCAUCCUCUACAAGGCCAUUGAUGAGCACCCCUCGCUCUCCUUCUGGGUCUACCUGGCCACCAACAACGACUCCUUCAUCAAGGAUAUCUCAAAGUAUGUGAAGCACUCGAAAAGGAAAUUUGUUAAAAUUGAAAAGCCUGCUGUAUGCCAAAAAUUACUGCAGGAGGGAAAGAAGUACAGACUGAUCUGUGAGCCAGAAGCUGAAAUAACUCCUGUGGAGAUUGAAUUUGUUGAUGGAUCACUCCUGAAGCUGAAGAGUUACUUUGAGGUGUAUUUGGAGAAGCCUGAUGACUUCACCUUGUCCCUGGUGGAGCAGGACUCAGAUGAGACAGUCUGGAAAGCCAAACUCAGAGAGAGGGAUUGGAUCCAUUGUGGGCAGAACAUGAACGAGCAGAGGAGGAGCACAGCCAGUGUGAAAAAGAGAAAGCCAGCCCUCAGCAUCCUGGAGGAAGAGGAGCUCCACUUCAAAAAGCAAAAAACUGGCAGCACUGCAGGAGUGGGAGCACGGUGCCUGACAGACCAGCAGCUGCUGGCCAUUGCCAAGCUCCUGGACCGGCGCUGGAGGGAAAUCGCCAUCGAGUGCCUGCAGGUGGAGAUGAAGGACAUCGAGGACAUCAGGGCCAUGGAGGAGGAGGUGACCAUGCAGAAAUUCCAGGUGCUGAGGAAGUGGAGAGACAGGGAGCAGGGCAGUGGCACUGCAGAGGCUCUGCAGAGGAGCCUGGGGGAAGAAGCCACCUACGAGAUCCUGCAGGCGCUGCAAGGUUUCUCAGCUCAGAGCUGAGCCAAGGAAGGAGGAGGAGGAAGAGGAAGAGGAGUGGGAGCUUCCCAACCCAGCCAUUCUGCUCCCCUGGGAUCCUGCUGGGAUUCAGGAAUAUUCACCACUCAGCAGGAAAUUCAGGCAGGAUCCUCCAGAGAAACAAGAAUGGAAUUUUGUGUGGAUAGAAGCCACUUCCAAGACUUCCAGGAGAGGUGGAUCCUGGAAUUCUGCACUUCACCCCCAGGGAAAGCCACAAACACUGGAAGAAACCACUUGGUCUUUUUCAUCAAAAAGAAAAAGAUUUUUAUUUCCAUCAGGGAAAAAAACCAGGGUGAAGAAUUCCCCUGGAAACUUUCAUCCCCUUCCCAAAAGCACUGAACUGCCAGAAUCAUGAGGUACUUUGGAUUUCUCAUGGAUCAGGGAAGAAUAAUCCUGAACUUGUACCAAAUCCCUUUGCAAAAUCACUGUAUAUAUGGAAUUAUUGUAUAGAUCCUCAACAUCCAGUCCUUGUUAAGCUGUGCUUCUGCUUCCUGAAAUUCCCAAAGGUUGGGAACACCCCUGUGAACUGCAGGCAGCUUGGAAUUUCCCCAUGGAAUUUCUUCUCCCCUUUUUUCUGUAUAGUUUGUCUCCAUUUUUUACGUUGUAUAAUUCUUUUUUUUUUUGUACGAGAAACUUUUUAUACUUCUUUUUUUUUAUUUUUUUACUUGUUUUAUUCAAUCUUGAAUAGAAUUUAGGUGCUUAAAAUGUGAGGAGCUGAAAUCCCUGUGGUGAAGGAUUGGAAAAAAUUUGGGAAAAAUGGAAUUUGCAGAAGAGAGGAGUAACCAGAUCCAGGAUUGUCUUGUUUUUAAGGCCGUGGGAUAUUGGGAUCAACUCCCUCUGUGUAUGUUUGGGAAAGGAAAACAUACUGCUGAAAAAUAAGGAUUAAACAGGAAAAAUUUCCAUGA